GGUACCAUGGCCCCCAAACUCAUCACCCUCCUGUGUCUGGGAUUCUGUCUGAACCAGAAGAUCUGCACACAUGUGGGUGCUCAGGACGAAUUCUCCCUGUCAGCCUGGCCGAGCCCUCGGGUUCCCCUAGGAGGACGUGUGACUCUCUCCUGUCAUUCCCGUCUUCAGUUUGUCAUGUUCACAAUAUUCCAAACAACAGGGAGCCAAAUCCGUAAGUCGUACACUGGCCUUUCCAACCACGUCACCAUCAACCCUGUGACCCCAGGACACGCAGGGACCUACAGAUGUGCUGGAAUUUACAAGCACACCUCAAAACAGUCAGCUGGGAGCAAAUCCCUGAAGAUCAUCGUCACAGGCUUGUUCACCAAACCCUCCAUCUCAGCGCACCCAAGCUCCCUGGUGCACACAGGAGCCAGGGUGAGCCUGCGCUGUCGCUCACCACUGGCCUUCGAUGAAUUUGUCUUAUACAAAGAGGAGCACACGCAGCACUCUCAGCAGCUUGACGAGGGGAUGGAGGCUGGGAGCCACUACGUCCAGGCUGUCUUUUCCAUGGGUCCUAUAACGCCUGCCCAUGCAGGAACCUACAGAUGCUGUGGUUCUUUCAAUCACUCCCCCUAUGAGUGGUCGGCUCCCAGUGACCCCCUGGAUAUUGUGAUCACAGGAAAAUACAAAAAGCCUUCUCUCUCCACCCAGGUGGACCCCAUGAUGAGGUUGGGACAGAAGCUGAACUUCUUCUGCAGCUCUGAAAUCUCAUUUGACCGGUACCACUUGUUCAGAGACGGGGUUGCUCAUGGACAGUGGCUCAGUGGAGGGCAGAGGCACAGUGGAGCAUCCCAGGCCCACUUUUCUGUGGGCCCCGCAACGCCAGUCCCCGGCGGGACCUAUAGAUGCUAUGGUUCUUUCAAUGACUCUCCCUAUGAGUGGUCAGCCCCCAGUGACCCCCUGCACCUUUGCGUCACAGAAAACACUAAGAGUACUCCUCUGUCAUUCGUGGAAUCCACCCCUGAAUCUGACAUACAUCUUCCUCAAGGACAGUCCAGCAACAACCUGAAUAUCCUCAUUGGACUCUCAGUAGCCAUCAUCUCCAUUGGCGUGUGCCUCUCUGCUUUUAUCGGUUUCAGGUGUUACAUAAAAUAUUACACCACCAUGGCAAACACAGAGCCCAUGGAAGGCCACCGGAUGGAUGAAGGGGGCCCUGCAGCGGAAGAGACGCAGGAGGUGAUGUAUGCCCAGUUGAACCACCAGACCCUCUCCCAGACAGGACUCACUCCUGCCUCCCCGUGUCCCAAGUACCUCUCGGAGGAUCCCAGUAUCUACGUCACCGUCCACCAAGCCCAGGCUGAGGCCAGAGCUGCCCCCGGUCUUUGCCACAGAGGUCAUUAAUACG